AUCUAUAUAUCAGUCAUAAGACGCUCAUCCCCCUUUUCCCUAAUUCCUUCAGUACCUAUUCAUGACGAAAAUGCUACCUACAUUAGGUAGUUUGUAACCCCACCUUAUAUUAUAAUCUAUCUAUAAUACGCCUUGAAUUCCUUUCUCCUUCUACAGUAUAUAAGUGCGACUCUGGGGGAUAUACAACUAGCCUAAAUGAAGAAAUCACUAUAUCUCGUCAACCUUGGCGCAGCACUCACCUCUAGAGUCCGAGCUGUUGACUUCACCAUUUCCGGCGGACAGAUAUUUACGCCUGGUUUUGCAGUCCUCGAUGCGCCUCAACCAGGCACUCCAUUAGGCGGAGAUACUAUUGAGGUAGCUCUCGACGUAACUGCCAAUGGCAAAUUACAGCUCCCUCCUUAUAGCGAUGAUAGUCCUAGUCGGAUCAAUAACAUCACCAUCUUCCUGUACAGCUAUAACACGGGAAGGAACUUCACGAUAACUAACGGGACGGCGUCGAUAAACGACAUAAGCCUGGGCGACAUUAUGGAGUCCGAACCGGGAAGCACCGUAAAGCACGUCAAGUGGCAUUGGCCAGAUUGUCUCAUCGGUGACGGGCAGCCAGACACUGCAGACAGCGACCGCGGGGCAUAUAACAUAUCCAUCCGUCAAAACUUCCGUCUCAACGGGGAGGAUCACUACACGAUCUUCGACGUGCCAAUCUCGGUCACCAAUAAAAUCGAAUUCACCGGCGACAAUCCGCCGUGUGACCUGGUCAAUAAUCCUUUGCUGACACCAGAGGAAAUUGAUGCCGAGUCUGCUAAUAGCGUCGGUAUUCUGUUCGCGCCGGGGGAUUCAACCGUGGUUCAACAACCUGACUCUACCGAUACCAACGGUAUUGGAAGUGGCGCUAACACGCUAGGAUGGAAGUUGUCGCCGAAAUGGGCUUCUUUACUCUUCGUGGCUUACUUCUACGACCUAUAGGACAAUAUAUAAGGCUGACUUCAUAAUACCAUAGAGUUCUCCGGUCAGUACCCGAUUCCAUUGACUCAUAAAUAUCUUAGGUAGCACUUUUAGACGGCCAGUGGGAGUAAUGUCACCGAUGGAGUUGAGUCGGACGUUGAAGGUGAUGUGGAAAGAGUCAUAAUGCGUGUCGUAUAUGUACGUGUCUUAUACACGU